GUGUGGUUCUCCUCGGCACGGACGAAAACGGCGGGUGUGAACGGCGUCGAAGCCAUCCAAAGACUCGGUACAAUAGCUUUGUCGACACCCGUCAAAGUCCGAAACCGCCUGCGUGGGGGCGCCCAUGACAAUUUUGUCACUCCCUAGACCAAGAAUAUGAACAACGCCCCUAGCCGCCAUCGCCCUUCCGGGUCCGGUUCUUUCAACAUCUCCGUCUCUACGCCGGCCCAACCCGAAAGGCUACCGCCGCCUCGACCUCCGGGCCCGGCCCUCAGACGUCCACGUCCACGUCCCCGCCCGUGUCGACCCAUUGACCUCAACUCCCUCUGUCCCGGCGAGUCAGUCGGCGACGUGGAGUUCUUGACCGGCGACGGCAACUUCGUGACCUUACCCGGCUGCCUCACCAGUCCCCUCUGGACCCUCUCGUGCAUCCCUGCGCGGGUGGCCGAGACCCUGAGAUGCCCCAUCCACUUCUUCCCCGGAGACCAUGUCCAAUACUACGCCACGCCUCGCGGUCGAAUACCCAUGAUCCGAUACGCGGCCGUCUGGUUCCGGCUGGUGGGGGGUGUUAAUAGUAACGAGAACUUCUCCCUGAUGGAGUUCCCCGUCUUGGAGACCGAGACGCACGGGAACCUCGGCGUGUCGCUGAUCAUAGGCGACGCGCACAUCAGGAGGAAUGCUGCUUUGUAUUCGCAAUCGCAGGAAGUCCCUCUCGGGCAUUACGUUCCUUCCCAGCACGGGGAGAACCACGGGGAUGAUGAUAUGCCGUUCGCAUUCGCAUUCGCAUUCGACCAUUCGUUCAAUGAGCAUGAGCAUGGGUAUGAGCAUGAUGGGAUCCGGGAGUGGCUGACGGACACUGAUGCAUCAUUUCAGUGGGAUGGAGGUAACGGUGUGGCACGGGACUCGGAGGGUGACCAGAACCCAACAACGGGAUGAGGCGUGCUGGAGGGGAGGAGGGGGGUAGUUUGCUGCAGACGUCAAAGAAACCACGGGGCUAGCGUUUGUCGUAGCCAUUGACUUGUCUUUCUCUCUUUUUACUUUCCGUGUUUCCUUCUCGUUUCUUUUACCUCGAUGUUACGAUACUCGGGCAUAUGCUCUAACUUCCGGAGAUAUGG